GUAACUAUGGAGGGAGAUCUUCGGAAUAUAUUCGUCUUCAACGCUUCCAAAAAAGAGAUUUUUACUAUCAAUAAUGGCUAUAGGAUUCUACAGAAAAGGCUUCGUAGUAACUGGAAAAUGCAGAGUCAGAAAGAUGAAAUCACUUCAGAAAAGUUGGCUGGGGUAAAACUAUGGAUUACAGCAGGACCCAGAGAAAAGUUUACAGCUGCCGAAUUUGAGGUUCUGAAGAAGUAUUUAGAAAGUGGUGGAGAUAUCUUGGUGAUGCUGGGAGAAGGUGGCGAAUCCCGAUAUGACACUAACAUCAACUUCUUAUUGGAAGAAUAUGGGAUCAUGGUCAAUAAUGAUGCUGUGGUGAGGAAUGUGUAUUAUAAAUACUUCCAUCCUAAAGAAGCCUUGGUCUCCAAUGGAGUUCUAAAUCGUGAAAUCAGCAGAGCUGCAGGAAAAACUGUGUCUGGAAUAAUAGAUGAAGAUAACAGUGGAAAUGAUUCUCAGGCUCUUACUUUUGUAUACCCAUUUGGUGCCACGCUGAACGUGAUGAAACCAGCAGUUGCUGUUCUGUCCACGGGAUCUGUCUGUUUUCCUCUUAAUAGACCUAUCUUGGCUUUUUAUCACUAUAAGAAUCAAGGUGGAAAGUUAGCUGUUCUAGGAUCUUGCCAUAUGUUCAGUGACCAAUAUUUGGAAAAAGAAGAGAACAGCAAAAUAAUGGAGGUACUUUUCCAGUGGCUUACAACAAGUGACAUCCAUUUAAAUCAGAUUGAUGCAGAAGAUCCAGAGAUAUCUGAUUAUACAAUGCUUCCAGAUAUAGCCAAGCUAUCAGAGCGGCUGCGAGUCUGCCUGCAGGAGGGAGAUGAGAGCCCACGAGACUUCACAACACUUUUUGAUAUGUCCACUUACCAGCUGGAUACUACAGCACUUCCCAAAAUAAUCAAGUCUUAUGAACAGUUGAAUGUGAAAUAUGAACCGCUUCAGCUAAUUCAGCCUCGUUUCGAAACUCCACUACCUGCACUACAGCCAGCAGUUUUCCCACCUACCUUCAGAGAACUACCUCCUCCCAGUCUGGACCUCUUUGAUUUGGAUGAAACUUUCUCUUCUGAGAAAGCUCGUCUUGCCCAAAUAACAAACAAAUGCACUGAAGAUGACCUGGAAUUCUAUGUCAGAAAAUGUGGUGAUAUUCUAGGAGUAACAAAUAAACUCCCAAAGGAGCAGCAAGAUGCCAAACAUAUACUGGAGCACAUUUUCUUCCAAGUAGUGGAGUUCAAGAAGCUAAAUCAGGAACAUGAUGUUGAUACAAGUGAAGUCGCAUUCCAGAGUGGUUUCUGAACCCUAUCAUUUUCUUGACUGAAGUGUAAGACUCUGGUGAGGGGUGUCAUAGCCCACUUUCUUCCAUUGUAUGUUUGCUCAAAAGACUGGUGGACUAUUUCCUGCCAUUUUUUGUGCCCAGUAAUAUCUUGUAUGUAUGUAGUAGUCUAAACAUGCAAUGCCAAAUGAGUGAUUGCUAUUUAGGGAGCAAUAAUUUUGAUAAGUUUUUAUGUAUGAAGCAUUCCAUAUUUGACCAGUUUCUAUUUUUUUUAAGUAAAGAUAUCAUUUUGUACAUCUUGAA